GAGCAAUCAAGAAGCGAUCGAGAUAAAUAUGUCAAGAUCUAUUGGGAGAACAUUCUACCUAGUAAGAUAUUGCAUACAGUAGUAAAUCAUACUUACGUUGUGUUAACCGGCCAUCAGCGACAGACUGCAAACUAUUGUUGCAAGCUGAAAGCUAAAAAGGUCUAUUUAUUUUGGACGGCACGACUUUUACUCAAUUGUCAGUUGAAAAUAUUGGUUUGAUUAAACUAGUACUUUGAAAUCUACGUGAUAUCUUUAGAAGUGUUCAGAUAUCUAUUCUGACUUCACUAACACCAGAAAAGGAACAAUUCUCGUGCCAAAACCAUAAAUAAUCCGAAACUAUCCCUCGAAUCCCGCACGCCCCUUAACCGUGCCGUCAGAAUUUCUAUUUAUUUCUGUCCAAUUCGUUCCCAUGUUUCUCAAACGUCAGAAAUUACAAUUUUUUUGGCAUCUUUCACCAUUCCUGGGGUCGCAGUUACUUUCUAAUUAUUAUAAAAUGCAUCAAAAAAGCGCUUUUGAAUUUUAGCAUGAUUGAGUAAUAUCAUGAAUUGCUCCUUCAUAGUUAAAUGUGCGCAAAUAUGUCUUUACAGGAAAUACGCUAAGCCAAGUGUGUUACCUACCUACUUUCCCUACCUUACCUACCUAAUUUUGUUUUAUUUUAGAGUAUAAAGACCAGUUUGACAAAUAUUCGUGGAGGACUCUUGAUAAUUUGGGCGUGUCCUGCGAUUAUCAGUCCGUCAUGCAUUAUGAUAGACUGGCAUUCACCAAAAACGGCAAACCCACCAUUGUAGCCAUUGGAAACGAGAACAUGGAAUUUGGAGCUCCGAAUAACCUUCUAUGUACCAGAGACGCAGUCAAAAUCAAUGCUUUAUACAAUUGCAGAAGUGAGUAG